AUGUCUGAACUACACAAGAAAUACUUCUGUCCGCGAUUAUUGGACUAUAUUGUAAUCACUGGAAGUCGGAAUCCCAAUAAUAACAACAAUGUGGCUCAAACUCCAGAACUCUUACGUAGAUAUCCAUUAGAAGAUCAUAAAGACUUCCCUCUACCAACUGAUGUUAUAUUUUUCUGUCAACCUGAGGGAUGUAUCAGUGUGGGACCAAAACGUAUGAGUCUUCGAGAAACAACCUCCUUCGUGUUCACAUUAACUGAAAAAGAUUCUGGAAUUGUACGAUAUGGAAUUUGUGUAAAUUUCUUCAGACCUUUUGAAAAACGAAGCCAUACUACCAGUGUUGAUUGGCAAAACAAGGAACGUAACUCUAGUUUAGCCAGUACACAUUCCGUGGACACUGUGAGUUCUACUGAAAGUGAUAAACCUAAAUCUCCACGAGCACGACGGAAGGGUGGCCCAUCUUGUCGUGUUCGAAACAAUACAUUAACUUCAUUGUGUAUAGUCAGUCAUCAUCCAUUCUUUUCCACAUUCCGUGAAUGCUUAUUUAUUUUAAGAAGACUUAUUGAUGCAUGCCAUGACAGAAGCUGUGUUCGUAGAAUUGGUGGUUCAAAAGGAGCAACAAGGGACACUGUUUGGGGUGUUUUAACCGGCCAAUGUAGUGAUAAUAUUACCUCAUUAGUUAUGCAUGAUGUUCGUGAAAUAGAGACAUGGAUUUUACGUUUAUUAAGUGCACCUGUACCAGUCCCUGGUAAAACUAGAGUGGAGGUACACAUUUUACCAAAAGAUCUACAAGCACCAUUGUUAUUUGCCCUACCAGACAAUACACGGUUUACUCUGAUAGACUUCCCUCUUCAUUUACCAUUAGAAUUACUAGGUGUUGAUACAUGUCUUAAAGUUCUUACUGCUGUUAUGUUGGAACACAAGGUUAUUUUACAGUCUCGAGACUAUAAUGCGUUAUCAAUGAGUGUUAUGGCGUUUGUUUAUAUGUUAUAUCCGUUAGAAUACAUGUUUCCUGUUAUACCGUUAUUACCUACGUGUAUGUCCUCUGCUGAACAGCUGUUAUCAGCACCCACACCAUAUUUAAUUGGAGUACCAGCCAGCUUCUUUCUGUAUAAAAAGGGUUUUCUUUUACCAGAAGAUAUUUGGAUUGUUGACCUUGAUUCAAAUAAAAUUCACCCUCCUAGUAAAGCUGAACCCUUGCCAAGUUUACCAGAUCCUGAAGGGGCUGUAUUAAAAACUCAUCUAAAACAGGCAUUAGCCAGCAUGAGCAUGACUCCACAGCCUAUUAAAAAUCUUGAUGCCUUGGCUCAGAAUGCUGAGAUAUGGCAACGAAGAGAAAGUUUUUCUUCUCAGACUGGCUUCAACCCGUUGAUUUAUGGUAAUGAUGUUGAUUCAGUGGAUGUAGCAACCAGAGUAGCCAUGAUUCGAUUUUUCAACUCAAGCAAUAUCUUAGGGAAUUUCUGUGAACAUACGCGCACAUUACGUUUGUAUCCCCGACCAGUAGUGGCCUUUCAGUUGUACAGUUUUCUUAAAUCUCGUCAAGUUAGAACACAUUUUUCAGUUCGUCUUGCCAGAACACAGGCUGUUGAAUACUAUGCAGAAUGGUCAUUAAGUCCUCAGAAUUUAGUGUAUUUACGAGUGCAUACAGGAGUAUAUGACCCCUCACUAAUCGGUGAUAAACCAAAAUGGUAUGCUCAUCAACUACAGUCAGUAGAAUUCCAUGUUUAUGACCCAAAUUCUAGUCUUAGUGCAGCAUUAAAUUCUGUCUCUGAUGUCUUGAGUGAUGAAAUACCAACAGAUGAGAGUGGAAGUGAUAGUGAGGGAGCUGAAAGUACUAGUUCAUCUUAUUCAUCAUUAAGUGAUUUUGUAACUGAUAUGGUUAAUAGUGAAAUAGAUGGCGAAACACCAGCUGCCUUUAUACCAGAAAAUCAGAUCUUGGCUGUAGAUGAAUCGAAAGUUUUUACACCACCUGAUAAACUGCAUGUACCUGAUGUUAAUGCUACUAACAGUGACUCAGCUCUAUCACUUCCUGAAGAUAGUGAUGUGAGUUCUUCAGCAUCUUCCAGUCCAACUUAUAGUGAUAACAUUCCACGAUCAGAGAGAGAGGACAAGGAUUUAGAGGAUAUAAAAAUUCUGUUGGGUGCAGUUCUUCCAGGACCUUCAGAAGCUCCAAGGAGUCCUAAAUUACCUUCCUUUACAAAGAGUACCAAUUCUGCAUUUGAUGUUUAUGAGAAACCAAAACCAUUAUUAGCAUUGAUUCCACCCAAUCCAAACAUGAUGAGAGCUCAACGAGGCAGUGUGUCCAGUAGUUCCAGUACUUCAACAACUAAAGGAAAUCUUCGUGUUCCAAAUAUCAGUGACCAUGAGUCAGACAGGUCCUCUUCACCAUCAUCAAUAAUAUCAACUAUUAGUAAUGAAUUAACAGAUAUGGCUCAAUCAGCUACUCAUACCAUGUCUGAACUAUUUGGUAAUGGUAACAAUUCAAAUAAACCUCAAUCUAAACCAUUUACUCCUUUAGGUAAGCUUAUAUACUUCUUGAUUUACCAAUUACUUCACAUUUAUGCGUCAGUAGAGAAAUCAGGUUUAGUCAAACAGUCGUCAAUAGGAAAGAAACCAAAAGAACCAUCUCCUAAACCAUCACCAACUGAUUCCAGAAGUUCUUCUAAUAGUGAAAACCAGCAAUUCCUAAAGGAUGUAGUGAAUAAUGUAAUGGAAGGACAAGGUACAAGUUGGUUAAAGAUGGGACGUGUUAAAACCUUAAUGGAGGAUGAAAACUAUCGUAACUUUGUUGUUAGUAGAUUAAAUAAAAAUUUAGAUAAAAAAGUCACUGAUGAAUCUCUUCAUAUUGAUGAUGUGUGUGUUUCUCGUCAAGUAUUUAAAGGAAUGUUAGCCAUGUUAAAAGCUAUCAUUCAUGGUUUAGAAAAAACAUUCCAGAAUCACGGUUUAGGUGGCACUGCCAGUGCUUAUAUGGUAUUAGAAAUAGCACAUACACAUUAUUGGUAUAGAGAACCUGCACUGUAUAAAAGCGAAUCAAGCUUAACACCUGAUGUAAGUGGAAAACCUGAUCAUAAAAAAUAUUUUAACUUAAGAUCUCCAGUAAUAGUGAAUGGUGACGAAUACGAGAAUAUUGAAAUACAUCCAGACGUAAAUCUGAAUAUGAGAUCAUUAGACAAUGUUCAAGGAUCACGACAAGACCAAAAUCGCAAUGUACAUAAGCAUUCAUGUGAUAUAAUAGUGACAGAUCAUGACAUUCCCAGUGCCAAUACGCGGUCAGGAGAUAUGUUACAUGAAAUGGUCAAGAAUAAAGAACUGAUAAAGGCUAGUCGAUUAGAUAAGAUUAGUAGUGUAGAUUCAGAGAUGUCUGAUGCCAGUACCCUAGUCAGUACCUGUUCUGAUGAUGAGAGGAAGAAAUCCAGGAUUAACCAUCAUUCUAUUAAAAGUUCUAUGUCUGAUAGUGAAGCAGAUCCUAGUGGGGUAAGUUAUUUUUUUGAUGAACUCUUCAUUUUACAUAGUUUGGAGUUAUAUGUUGAGAGUAAACUAAUCAGUACUUCUACCACAACUAAUACUGAAACUGGCAGAACUUUUCUUUUUGAAGGUUUAUUAGGAAAGGAAAGAAGCAGGUUGUGGGAUCAAAUGCAGUUUUGGGAAGAUGUAUUUUUAGAUGCUGUAGCUCAGGAAAGAGACAUUAUUGGAAUGGAUCAAAGUCCUUCAGAAAUGAUGGAUAGGUAUGCUUCACUUGGUGAUAUGGAGAGAAAACGACUUGAACAUGAUGAAGAUAAAAUAUUAGCUACUAUAUUGUUUAAUUUAGUUAGUUUUAUGGUGAUGUUACGUGUUAAUAAAACAGAAAUUAAGAAGAAGAGUCGUAGAUUGUUGGGAAAAUCUCAUAUUGGUUUGAUACAUAGUCAAGAAGUUAAUAAUCUACUGGACCAAAUCACUAUGCUGCAUGGAAAUGACAUUGAUUUAAAACCAAUCUGUAGUAGACAGAUGCAGAAACAAUCAUUUACUGUCCAUUGGGGAACAGAUAAUACUGGAGAUAUGUUAUUUAUGGAGGUAUGUGAUGAUUGUUUAUUAUUAAGAAGUGUAACAGGUUCUAUACAUGACCGAUGGUGGUUUGAGAAGCUAGUCAAUAUGACUUAUUGUCCUAAAACUAAAGUCUUAUGUCUGUGGAGAAAGAAUGGUGAAAAGGUUCAGCUUAAUCAGUUUUACACUAAAAAGUGUAAAGAAUUGUAUUUCUGUGUGAAGGAAGCUAUGGAGAAAGCAGCAGCAAGAAACAGUGGCAAACUUCCUGGUCCUGAACUUGGUGGAGAAUUCCCUGUUCAAGAUUUAAAAAGUGGACAAGGGGGAUUACUCCAAGUUUGUAUGGAGGGAAUUGGUCUCCUGCUGGCAAACAGCAAGUUCUUUAUUGAGCUAGCGCAUAUCAGGAAAUGUUUCACGUUGAAGGGAGGUAUUUUUGUGCUAGAGGAAUUUGAUACCAAAAAUAAAAAAAUAAUUCAGCACAAAUUCAAAUCCAGAAUGGCUGACCAAAUGUGUUAUGCAGUUUUAUGUUUAUUUUCUUAUGUAGCAGCCGGAGUCGAGCAAAAGAAACAACAACCUCAACAAACAUCAUCCUGA